AGCGCAAUGAUUUGAAAAUAAAAUUCCGUCGAUCAAAAAAUUCUCCAUAAUUUUACCAAAUUUUCAAAAAUUGAUGUGAAUCGUGAAAUUACAAAAUUACUAAUCCGGUGUAGUGUUUUUGGUGCUUAUUGAUUUCUGAAUGUUUGUAUGGAUUCACGCUUGUGAAAUAACUCAUCAUCAUGUCUGAUUGCGAAGACGACUACAUGUGUGAAGAGGAAGAAGACUAUGGAUUGGAGUAUUCCGAGGAUAGCAAUUCGGAACCCGAUGUCGAUUUGGAAAACCAAUACUAUAAUUCUAAAGCAUUGAAGGAAGACGAUCCAAAAGCCGCAUUGGCUUCGUUUCAGAAAGUGUUAGAUCUAGAAGGCGGCGAUAAAGGAGAAUGGGGUUUCAAAGCUUUGAAACAAAUGAUUAAGAUUAAUUUCAAACUAAAUAAUUACGAUGAGAUGAUGGCCAGGUACAAGCAGUUACUAACUUAUAUUAAAAGCGCGGUGACUCGAAAUCACAGCGAAAAGUCAAUCAACUCGAUUCUAGACUAUAUAUCUACCUCAAAAAAUAUGUCUUUGUUGCAAGAUUUCUACGAGACUACGUUAGACGCUUUGAAGGAUGCUAAAAAUGAUAGAUUGUGGUUUAAAACUAACACCAAGUUGGGUAAACUGUAUUUCGAUAGAGGUGAUUUUUCAAAAUUAUCCAAGAUUUUGAAACAGCUUCAUCAAUCCUGUCAGACUGACGAUGGUGAAGAUGACUUGAAGAAAGGAACUCAACUACUAGAAAUCUACGCUUUAGAAAUUCAAAUGUAUACUGCUCAAAAAAAUAAUAAGAAACUGAAAACCCUGUACGAACAAUCGUUGCAUAUUAAAUCGGCUAUUCCUCAUCCGUUGAUUAUGGGCGUGAUUCGAGAAUGUGGCGGAAAAAUGCAUUUACGUGAACAAGAAUUUGAAAAGGCUCAUACCGAUUUCUUCGAAGCAUUCAAGAAUUAUGACGAAUCCGGUAACCCUAGAAGAACUACCUGUUUGAAGUACCUUGUAUUAGCCAAUAUGUUGAUGAAAUCGGGUAUCAAUCCUUUCGAUUCGCAAGAAGCCAAACCGUAUAAAAACGAUCCUGAAAUCUUGGCGAUGACCAAUUUAGUUUCCGCUUACCAAAACGACGAUAUAAAUGAAUUUGAAAGUAUACUGAAGAAACACCGAGCCAAUAUUAUGGAUGAUCCGUUUAUUAAAGAACACAUCGAAGAUCUCUUGCGCAACAUUCGAACCCAAGUAUUGAUGAAACUGAUCAAACCGUACACCAGAAUACACAUACCAUUCAUUUCGAAAGAAUUGAAUAUCGACGUGAACGAGGUGGAAAACUUGUUAGUCUCAUGUAUCCUAGAUAAUACAGUACGUGGUAGAAUAGACCAAGUGAAUCAGGUGCUGGAGUUGAGUCGAGAGAACGCCUGCAGUUCCAGAUACAACGCCGUUGAUAAAUGGACAACGCAGCUGUCUUCGUUGCAUAACACAAUUACCAGCAAAGUAAAUUGAAGUCAUUGAGAUGCGUUUGUUCGUUCGUGAUUGUUUCAUACCGCAAAAUAGCGAUUCGUUACGAUGAAGACCCUCCUCAAAAAAUGAGCGUAACCGUGGCCAACUUCUCAUUUACAUUAGCAUCCUGGUCUUUGAAUACUUUUAUUUACGAAUUUCUUUCGAAUUAUUAUUCCUAUUUUAAUGAAAUUUGUAUAAUUUUGUUUGCUUUCUUCGUUUUAAGAUAUAUAAAGAUUUAUCUAAAAAAAAAAAAUCUGUGAUGAAAUUCUUUCUAAUUAAAUAUCGCUUUAUAAUGA